UUCUGUGGCCGUAGUAAGACUCCGUAGGAUGGCUGCGUCUGACAGUCUUUCUGAGUGGCUGCGAGAGGUUUAGAGCAUCCAUUGCUGGCUGUGAUGAGGACAGCUCAAUGGAUCAACAAAGAAGUAAUUAUUUAGGGCUCAGUGAGUGGAGAAAGGGGCUUGUUAUCAAGCCUGACAACUGGAGUUCAGAUGCCUGGAUCCAGGUGCAUGGUGAAGAGAGAACUGAGCCUGGCCUCUGAGUGAGUGAGUGUGUGUGUGUGUGUGUGUGUGUGUGUGUCUGGGUGCGAGCGCACACCUGAUUAUUUGAUGGAAGUUCAUGUGGCUUCUGCAGAAGUGGCCGAGUUGAAAAGGUAGUUGCUGCUGCCUUUGAUGAGACCUUAGAAAUGGCAGUGCCACUGUGUUCAGCUUUUUGUCACCUUGAGUCAUCUGGGAAGAGUGAGCCUCUGUUGAGAAAGUGCCUCCAUCAGAUCGGCCUGCAUUGCUGGGAGAAUGGGGGUGAACCCAGGCCCUUAAAAUGCUAGCCGAGUGCUCUGUUAUUGAGAUGUAUGUCCCCAGCUAUAUAUCUGGCCAGCCAGCUUGUUGCCAUCCCCAGAGGAACCAUUCUUCAUGCAGUUGCCGAAGCCAUAAAUUUGAAGACCUUUGAUGCUUCUCCUGCACCCUCCAAUUGGCAUCUGUUAUGCACCUUAAGCCAUACUGGAAACUCCAGAAAAGAGAGCACCCUCUCGAUGUCAGCAAGGACCCCCUGAGAAGAGCUGCAAGCCACCAAAAUGCUGUCAGUGAUGAGAAAGACAAAGCUAACUACAUGAAACCAGCUGUCUUUCCUUCAGCCUCCCCUGUCAAAGCAACAUCUAGAAAACCUUUUGGGAUCCUUUCUCCAAAUGUUCUGUGCAGUAUGAGUGGGAAGAGUCCUGUGGAGAACAGCUUGAAUGUGAAAGCCAAAAAGAAUGUGCCGUCUGCAACAGUACACCAGAGUGAAGAAGAGGGGCUGCCUGGGAGCUGGGCUAUUGUCAAACCUGGAAACACAAAGGAGAAAAUUGCAUUCUUUGCAGCCCACCAGUGUAGCAAUAGGAUAGGAUCUAUGAAAAUAAAAAGCUCCUGGGAUAUCGAUGGGAGAGCCACUAAAAGAAGGAAAAAAUCAGGAGACCUUAAGAAAGCCAAGGUGCAGUUAGAAAGGAUGAGAGAGAUCAACAGCCAGUGCUGCCAGCCCGAGCCAUUCGCCUGUGGCAUUGAGCACUGCUCUGUGCAUUAUGUGGGUGACAGUGGGGAUGGUGUCUACAGUGGGAGGCCUCUGUCGGUGAUACAGAUGGUUGCCUUCCUUGAGCAGAGAGCCAGUGCUCUGCUAGCUAGCUGUGCAAAGAACUGCACAAAUUCUCCUGCCAUUGUGAAGAUUACUGGCCAGUCCCGAGGUUUGCCUCCUGCACCUGAGCCCUUCUCUGCUCUGGGAACUUGUGAAGAACCCAUGGAAAGAGGAAAUCCUGAGGCUGGCAGAUCACAGAGCGAACCAGUCCGUGUCCUUGACAUGGUAGCCAGGCUGGAGUCCGAGUGCCUGAAGCACCAAGGCCAGAGGGAACCUGGGACUCUGUCACGGAAUAACAGCUUCCGUCGAAAUGUAGGCAGGGUGCUGCUCACUAAUGGUGCUCAGGCCAAUGACAAGGAUGACAAAAGCACCACAGAUGCACCUGACACCCAGGCUCACCCCAUGCAAUUGGUGUCUGUGGGUGAAGGACCCUCCACAGCUGACCACUGUUCUGUGGGUGACCAGGCCUGGGAUGGUAUGUCUCAGGGCUGUCCCUCAUUGCCAGCAGUUGUGAGCUUCCAGACGGACAGUACAGAAUUAGAACCAGGUCAGCAAACAGCUGUGAGAAACUGCAACCGGCAUGACAUAGAAAUGACAGACGCACUUGAUGAGCCAUCCUUUUCUUCUCACACCUGCCUCCAAGCCGCUGAGGUGCCCUCAGAUGCCGUCCGCUGUAUGAGCCGAGCCCUGGGACCACUCACGAAGCCCAGUCCUGCCCAGAGAAAGCAAACUGUGUGCAUGAGCAUCACUGUGUGCACAGUGGAGACAGCCCAGCCUUCUGCUGUAGACGCCCGUGAAGAGCCUCUCCCGGGGAUGCUGUUUUUCCUGUCACCUGGACGGGACCAGCCAGAGUGCUCCCAGUUGAAAGAACACACAGCACAAGAGGCUUCAGAGGCCAAUAACCCUCAAGAUGCUGCUGAGGACAACAGCGUAUGUGAAGAGAAGGAUGCUUCUGUGGAGCCAUUUGUCCCAGCAGCCUCUACAGGGGAAAAUACAUUUCCAGUGCUAGAGGCAUCCAGUUGGAAGAAGCAGGUGUCUCAGGACUUCCUGGAGACCAGGUUUAAAAUCCAGCAGCUUCUGGAGCCACAGCAGUACAUGGUGUGCCUGCCUCACCACAUCAUGGUGAAAAUCUUCAGGCUACUCCCUACCAGGAGUCUAGCAGUUCUUAAAUGUACCUGCCGCUAUUUCAAGUUCAUCAUCGAAUACUACAACAUCAGGCCAGCAGAUUCUCGGUGGGUUCGAGACCCACGCUAUAGAGAAGACCCUUGCAAACAGUGCAAGAAAAAGUAUGUGAAAGGGGAUGUGUCCCUGUGCCGCUGGCACCCCAAACCCUACUGCCAGGCACUGCCUUACGGACCUGGAUACUGGAUGUGCUGCCACCGCUCUCAGAAGGCCUUUCCUGGCUGUAAGCUGGGCCUUCAUGACAAUCACUGGUUACCUGCCUGCCACAGCUUUAACCGGGCAAUCCAUAAGAAAUCAAGAGGGAGUGAAACGGAAGAGGAGUGCUGAAGUCCACGCGAGAGGCAGGGACUGAGAAACACCUGGGUCAGCCCCGAGGCAUGCGACCUCACCCUCGCCCUUGGCUCAGGCAGUUUUUAACUCUGAAUUUACCAAUGUACAUGAGAUUCAUUCCAUGGUUUUGUAUAGUAGUGCCUCGCAUUAACCCUUUCAGCUGUGCAGAACUGCCUGUUUUCCUCUACCAAGGACAUUCUGAGGUCACCAAGCAGUCUGCACUAGGGUCCUGACAUGUUCCAGUACUAACUGUAUUUGAAGUGAGUGGAGAAGAAAGCAGACCUCGGAGAAUUCUGCCUAACCCCGAAAACUGGGCACCUUCCCUUCUACCUUGUAUGCUUGAUCCUGUGAGAAUGACACCUGCGGAUGGAGUUUGUGCCCUGUGCUGUUUACAGUGUAUAUAUGGUUGUGAUGCAUGGGGCUGUGGAAGUGCACAUUAAACCUGAGCGCCUUUACCUGG